CCUGCGGAGCGCCGGCGAGCCAAUCAGGAGCUCGGCGUAUUUUACAAACUGGGUCUCAGGCUGCUGCAGAAGCCGGGCAGUGCGGGAGCGGCGGAGGGAGUUGGCCUCAUGCUCAAGGCUUCCAGGGGAAGUUGUAGCGGCCAUGACCACCCUCCAAACCAAGAGGGAUCCCGUCCGCCGCGGUGUCUCUCCCACCCCUAGCAAAAUUCCCAUAAGUUCUCGGAGGCGCCCGCCGCUCCCCACAGACAGACCCGGCGCCUUGGACCAGGAGAACCAAGAUCCCAAGAAAUUGGUGCAGAAGUUCAUUAUUCAGCAUUCGCUCCAGGACUCCGCUGACCCCAGGCCUAAAGUCUUACAUCAAACAAAGAAAUCAGAGAGAUUGGUGGGAAGCCCUCAGUUCCGGAACCCUUUGGAAGAGCUCAAGCCCAGCCCUAGGGGACAAAAUGUGGGCCCUGGGCCCCCUCUGCAGACAGAGACUUCUGGAGCCACUGAGUUUGUGGCUGACCCUGCAGCCCUAGCUACAAUUCUGUCAGGUGAAGGGGUGAAGACCUGUCACUUAGGGCGCCACACUAGUCUGGCUCAGAGAGUCCUGAUCCGAGUCAAGCAGGGAGGCACCGACCGAAGGGGCCAGGGUGUCCGGGCCUCUUCAUAUUUGGCCCCCAGAACCCCUGCCCAGCGACUGGACCCAACCAGAGCUUCCUGCUUCUCAAGAUUGGAAGGACCGGGACCCCGAGGCCGGACCUUGUGCCCUCAGAGGUUAGAGGGGCUGAUUCCAUCUUCAGACGCUUCCUUGCACCCCUCCACCCACCCCAGUUUCCAGGAGCUGAGAAGAGAGACAGGUGGCGGCAUCCGGACUGCAGCAAGCCAAGCCUCAGGAUUGCUCCUGGAUACCCCCGUCCAGCCUGCUCCAUCUCUCCCUGGAAGAGAACAUGAAGUUGUCACUCAUUCAGGUGAAGGAGGAGGGGGCCCCCUCAGUCUGGCCCAACGGGUACCAUUAAAGGAAACCCAAGAGAGAACCCACACUAGGGAUGGCUGUGACCCCCACCAGAUGGUCACCCCAGGCCGAAUGGCACCACCUGCCACCGCCCGCCCAUCACCCUCACCCUUCGGACGGGCUCAACGUGUGCUUUCUCCUGGCCCCUCAGCUCAGACCUAUUCAGUAUUGCGACGUCUCGCCAUUCGCCCCAAAACCCAGUACACGCCCCUCCCGUCAGCUUCCAGAGCUCAGCAGGCCCGGCCGCUGACUGGCCUCUCCCCACAGUCUUGCUCUGAAGAGCCUGCCCUGCCCUGGGAGCAGAUCACGGUGCGGUUAUUUGACCAGGAGAGUUGUAAACGGCUGCAGGAGGGGACCCGGGGGAAACCACCAGAGGCCGCUCCCUGUGGCCCGUCCCCCAGCAGAGCCCUCAGCUUCCAGGAGCUGAAGAUGCAGCGCAUCACAAUCCUGCAGCAGCUCUUGCGACAGGAGGUCCUGGGGCUGGCAGGGGGCAAGUGUGCCCCCUCAAUAGGAGGUGCCGCUUCCCUGGAGAUGGUUGAACUUCAGCCCCUGCUGGCUGAUAUUUCUAGAACUCUGGGUACCCCAGAGCUUCAUUCUGGGACUUUUCCCCUUCCCAGCCUGUUAGAGCACUCUGAACCCCCAAAACCCUGCCCCCCUGAGAAGUGUGGGCCACUACAGCCCAGCCCUGGAGCAGAGGCUAAGGUGGCUCAGCCCUGUCCUCCGGCAGAGCCAGGUCCCCGGGACUCCAGCAGGAGGGAGCCCGAGCUCCCCGAGGCCUCUGUGCAGGAGCAGCCUGACGGGUCCGAGUCGGGCCCCCUGCACACCUGCGUCCAGAGGCAGGCUUCGCCCACAGAACCGCCCUCUGGGGUGGCAUGUGGGGCAUCAGAGGCCCGCUCCCCGGAUCCUGGAAGUCCAGAAUCCAGCCCACCACCUGGGUGCCAUCAGGGGACCCCUGUGACGACCAGCACGCUUGGUGCCAGCCCCUCUAGCCACUCCUCCCAGUCUCCGAGGCCUCCUGUGGGCCGGGCAGGUCCCUGCUGUCUGGCCCCUCACACCCUGGCCCUGAGGCAGCGCCUCCAAGCCUGCCUGAGUGCCAUCCACGGCUUCCACGAGGCCCGCCUGGACGAUGAGUGUGCCUUCUACACCAGCCGAGCCCCUCCCCCGGGCCUGGCCCGCAUCUGCACCAACCCAGUGGCCACAUUACUGGAAUGGCAGGAUGCUCUGAGUUUUAUUCCUGUCGGUGCUGCUGCCCUUCAAGAUUCUCCAUCAUGAAAAAUCUGCUUCCAUUAUUCCAGCCCUGCUUGGCUCCCUCCUUUUUAGCCGUUAUUUAUUGUGGGCCCG